UCCCCAGUAACUGGUUCAACAACGGCACGGGGGACGGUUUCCUGCCGCUGAGCAUCAAGAUCACCAUCGUGGUUGUCUACUCCAUCGUGUGCAUUGUGGGGCUGGUGGGCAACUGCUCCGUCAUGUAUGUGAUCGUCAGAUUCACCAAGAUGAAGACAGCAACCAACAUUUACAUCUUUAACCUCGCUCUGGCUGAUACCUUGUGUCUGAUGACCUUACCCUUCCAGGGUACGGACACGUUCCUGGGCUUCUGGCCCUUUGGCAAUGUCCUCUGCAAGAUUGCCAUCUCUAUAGACUACUACAACAUGUUCACAAGCACCUUCACCCUGACGAUGAUGAGCGUGGACCGCUACAUUGCGAUCUGCCACCCUAUCAAAGCACUAGACAUCCGCACUCCCCACAAGGCCAAAGUGGUGAACGUCUGCAUCUGGGCGCUGGCUUCUGUCUUUGGCAUCCCAGCAAUGGUGAUGGGAUCUGCAGAGAACGAAAACAACGAAAUUGAUUGUCUAAUUAAACUCCCUUCACCCGUGGAUUACUGGGAUCCUGUGUUUGGCAUCUGUGUAUUUCUCUUCUCCUUUAUGAUCCCCGUAUUGAUCAUCACCAUUUGCUACAGUCUCAUGAUCAGACGACUCAAGAACGUCCGUGUCCUCUCAGGCUCCAAGGAGAAGGACCGAAACCUGAGGCGCAUCACCCGAAUGGUCCUGGUGGUGGUGGCAGUCUUCAUCAUUUGCUGGACUCCCAUCCAGAUUUUUGUGCUGGUCCAGUGCUUGGGUGCCAAGGCAGAAAGCGAGCUCGAGCUGGCCAUCUCCUGCUUCUGCACCGCGCUGGGGUACGCCAACAGCAGCCUGAACCCCGUGCUCUAUGCCUUCUUAGAUGAGAACUUCAAGGCGUGCUUCAAGAAGUUCUGCUUCCCCACUGCCUUCAGGACCGAGCUCCAGAUGUCCAACAGAAUGUGCAGCAUUGCCAAGGAUGUGGCCUAUGCCUGCAAGAACUCAGAGGGGACUAACAAUCCGGCCUGA